AUAACGACAAACUGUCAACUAGUAAGUGUUCCUCGACCGCGUCUGAGGAUGUGGGUGAGGUUUGGGAAGCUUGUUUUCACCCUGUGAUUCGUCCCAUGGCUGGACCAGUUUCGUUGCUGGUGGUGCCUGUAUAUUAAGAUAACCCAAGUGUCCCACCGUUGGCCUGAAGCUGAGCCUGUGUCCUGGAUCAGAAGACUCUGGUGGUGUCCCGAGGCCUUGGGGUUAUGCAGAAGAAUGAAGCUGCGCAUGCACUUUGUGGUGGAUCCCAUGGGCUGGUUCUGCCUGGGCAUGGUGCUCUUCAUCUGGCUCUACAACACAAUCUUCAUCCCUAAGCUGGUGCUGCUGCCACAUUAUGCUGAAGGACACAUACCCAGUGCUCUAGUGGUCUGUUAUUAUCUAGCAUCACUCUUGUGUGUGUCUGCACUGAUAAGGGCUUCGACAGCUGACCCCGGGCGCCUCGCUCCAGACCCCACAAUCCCUCUCGCAGAACGCGAACAAUGGGAACUGUGCAAUAAGUGCAACAUGAUGAGGCCCAAGAGGUCGCACCACUGCAGCCGCUGUGGAUACUGCGUGCGACGCAUGGACCACCACUGUCCCUGGAUUAAUAACUGUGUCGGGGAAGACAACCACUGGCUCUUUCUGCAGCUGUGCUUCUACACUCAGGUCCUGAGUCUCUACACUCUGGUGCUGGACUUCUGCCAGUACUACUACUUCCAGCCUCUGGCUUCGAUGGACCCGGUGGUGUUCACGGGGCGGCACGAGCUGGCGCUGCUGCGUGUGUCCUGCUUCAUGGCUCUGGUCAUGUUUGGAGGCAUGAGCAGUCUCUUCUACUCGCAGAUCACGGGAAUCCUCUCUGACAUGACCACUAUCGAGAAAAUGUCCCACUCCACAGAUGGGAUCGGUGCGCACCGGACCUGGCAGCAGUCUCUGGCUGAGGUGUUUGGCACUCGCUGGAAGCUCCUGUGGUUCCUGCCUUUCAGAAGCCGCCGCCCCCUGCACCCAGGCUCCGCCUCCCACGUGUAGCCGGACGGCCGGAGGCUCCUCCUCCUCCUCCUCCUCACUCCUCACUCCUCCCUCCUCUACCCCACUCAGCCUCCACUGUGGCCUGAUGUUUGUAAGGUAUCAAAGCUCCAGUCCUCUUCAGGGUUCAGUCUGUGCGUGAUCUCGGCCAUGUAUGUUGAACAUGAGUCUUCUUUUUCCAACGCCAAGGCUAGCUGCUGCUCUCGCCUCAUGGAAUUAUUGAAGGCUAAACGCAAUCUACUUUUACAUUUGGAUAACAGUGUAUUUUGUUUCUUUGUUUUAUAUCGUAAACUUUAUAAGAAACCUCUGAAUGUGUGUCAUAGCGUUUCCUUAGGUAAGGAAACCUCAAGGGUACGACUAUAUUAUAAGGGAAUUGUUGUUUCCAGGGUAACACUCCAUAAGUAGAGCUGGGCCCAGGCCCCUCCUCCUGCCUAGAGUUGUAGAUGUGAUUGGCAGGGUGCGGGAGGUUUUCUCUCUGGCUUUGUAGGGUGGGUGGCUGAUGGCUCCAGAGGUGAGCCAUGACCUCUGGCAAGAGCUGAGGACAGAGCCAGACAGCCUCGAAACAAACGCGCGCACACACCCCUGGCUCGGUAAAACGGCACUAAAUCCUCAACUUGAAUUCUGAUCGCCUAGCAGGGCAGCUUCUGCUGUGUCCCAUGAAAAUGCGCUCCAUUUGAUCAUUUUUGUCAUCGUCUUUAUUUUACCAUAUUUUUCUGCCUCUUGGAAUAUUGUAAGACAUUUGGUUAAAUUAUAUUUUUAAGACAUGUGCAUAUUCUGCAAGGUUAAUUAAUUAUACAUACAUAAUUCAAAUAAAUUAUAGAGAUGAAUUAUACAUGGCCUUUUUAUUUUAAGAUUCCUUUUCCCCAAAGAUAUGAAAUGUGAAAUCCAUGACACCAAAUAGCUAAAAAUAGAAUGAACACCCAAAUGUGCGAUUAGCUUUUGAUUAUAGUUCAGUGGUUAUGACUUCACUUAAAUCCUCCAAACUGUAUUGCAUCAAAAAGAAUGGAAUUAGUCUCCGAUUAUAAUAGUUUUUAGCCACAGCGGUUAAAUAUAGCAGCACAGCGGGGAGCGAUAUGUUUUUUUGGUACCUCUUGUGCAAGCUUAAAAUCUUGUAAUAAAUUAUUGAAGUGCCUCCUCGCAACCAGUCAGACUUUCCAUUUGGUGUUAUGAUGCACCUUUUUAAGUAGGUUCUGAAUGGCUUUCCAGUAGGUAUGGCUGGUACAGAUUUCUUUCCAAAAUGUCAUAAAAAGAACUUAUCAAUAUAAAUUAAGCAUGUCUUGCCUUCAGAAGGAAAUUCGCCAUUUAGUGGAAUAGUUUCACUUAACAUGCAUCAGCAAGUAAAUUCUGCUAUUAAACAAUUGUAGUUCAUGAAGUACUAAAUAUUCUUAAUGGAGUACUCUUACAGCUCAUGGAAAGCUUAUACUACAAUAUGCAACAUUUAAGAUAAAGACUUAACCCUAUGCUCAUGGUAGAUAUCUCAGCCUUAUUUUUGCACCAUUUUGAAUUCUUAGAUUGUGUGUACCGUCUGUGGUGACAUUAAAUGUGCUUUACAUAUAUGCACUCUAGGUGCCUAACCUUACAUGAUUUUGUUUGGAUCGGAAUUGUAUUGUAACGCCUGGUUUAUGUUUCUGGGAUGUAAAUGAAUUAUGUUCUAACAUUUGUUUACCUCACUUUUUAAAGUUUGCCAGAAGUUUUAGCUAUAUAUAAUUUUUUAAAAUUUUUUUUAAACAAGUAUUUAUUGGAAAUCAAACAGGUUCACAUCCAGGAUGAAUGCUGAAAUCGGUCCAGGACAAGCCGAUCCAAUGUGGUGAUGCUUCUACUACCUAUUUAGCCAGUCUGCUGUCUGAAAUCUGAAAAAGAACAUGCCUAUGGCAGCCAGAAUGGACCAAAAAGUCAAUUCCCACAAUGUCCUGUCUGGGUACUGAUUAUUUUACACUAAAUAAUUUUUCUGUGCUGCGCUACUUGCAUAUCAGUCUGACUUUUAAAGCCUUGUGGGGUGUUUGCUUUUUAAUUUAGCAAAAGGGACUAAAAAAAAUAACAAUAAUAAAUAAAUGUUUUAGGGUUUAUAUUUUGAUUGUACGAAGUAAGCAUUAGUGAAUCUCUUGUUAACACUGCCGUGCUUCUUUGAUUUCAACAUGGACUCCUAGCUGUGUUGCCCUGUAAUUCUUAUGGCAGACUGCUUUCAAAUGCACAGCACACCAUCACUCAUGUCAUACUACCGGCCUGGUGGACACUGUUUGUGGCAUGAAAAUGUACGGCAAUGAUGUGAUCUUUUAGUAGAUGCUGUCGGCUAAAUGUAAAUGGAACCGUACAACACGCCUCACGUUACGUGACACAGUGGCGUGGCUGUAAUGUUCUUAUGUUGCUUUGAUAUUACAUCAUGUGGAAUAUGUAAAGCAUUUUAGCGUAUGGAAACCACUUUAGCUCCAUUUCAAAUGUACUCAAUACUCAAUUUAAAUUUAGCAAGGUUGUGACGUGCAUAUCCGUCUUACAACUGUAAAGCAAUAAGACCUAGCGUUUUCUUCACUGUGCUAGAACAGAUACAAAAAUAUAAAUACUACUAUCCAGAUGCUGACACGUACUGAUGGUGUGAGUUGGCAGACGUGUGCAGGUAGCUCGCGCUGUGCAGUUGGGUCUGCGUCUACUGUCACGAACGGUAGAAAUGACUGUCGCACUGUUGUGAGGUCUUUAUUCAGGUCUAAGACUACUUAAUGAUUGUUGGCGUGUUUUACCUUUUGUUGUUUUGUGCAGAACCUUCACGUGGUGUAAAUCAAUGUUAACCUUUGUGCUUAUGGGAUUACACAGAAUGCGAUAUACAAAUUGUUAUUUAUUAGGGCAUUUUUUUAAAUAAAUGGCGGUUUUCAAA